ACUUUUGUAUUAAAUAAAAUUAUUUCCGCAACUAAGUUUUGGUACAAAUAAUUCAAUUAUGACAUCAUUUUGAUCAGUUUAGCUCAGAAAGUAUUAUAUAAAAUGGAUAAACCAGAAAAAACGGUUCCACGUAUUGUUCGUCGUGACUUAAGAAACCACGGACUGUUCGGUACGGCAUAUCUGAAACAACAUAUGGUUAGCGACGAUGUCUGGACACAGAGUUCUUUGACUGAGCAAUUAAAAGCUAUGAUAGAACUUAAUGAUAAGUAUAACACUUACAAACGUGUCGAAGAACGACAUAAAAUCAGUUAUGUUAAGAAAGAGCAUCGUCGACUUGAAGAUGAAUGUAAUUAUGGGCGAGCCAUGCUGCAGAAGGCACGAAAUGGUAAAUCCCGCGAAAUAUAUAAUAUAUUUAUUAAUCACAAUAAUAUCUGACUUGAAACAUUAACACAUUUGGUUGAGGAAAUAAUAAAUGAUUUAAUAGAAUUAAAUUAUUAAAUGCCAUAAAUAUAUAAAAAUAUUAGAACGGGAAG